AUGGUGAACAGAUUUGCACCAGUCGACAAGAUCCAUCAGGCGCUUCACGCCUACCACGUAGUAGCUGACGAGCGAGGAGAGAUUGUCCCCUCGGUGCACUACUGUUCCUGCAACUCUUCUGGUGACCAUUUCCAAUGCCUCAUCUACGAAUCUGACGAACCGGAUGCCAAGCUUAUCGGCGUCGAAUACAUGGUUUCCGAAGACGUCUUUCUGCAGUUGCCGGAGGAUGAGAAGAAAUAUUGGCAUUCUCACGUGCACGAAGUGAUGGGUGGCUCACUCGUCCUCAUCGGUCUGAGGGCAGGAAUGGUGGCUGAAGCAGCAGCAGCAGCAGCCAAGAGCGCCGAAGAUGCGGUCAAGGCGGUAGCAGGUGCGGGCGCGACAGGUGGUGCUGUACCUGAUGCUGCUGAACUUGCUGCGUUGGCAAGAAUCAAGAAGCUUUACGGCAAGGCCAUCCACCUCUGGCAUCCUACCUCGUCGGCUGUUCCUAUGGGCCCACCUAAGCUCAUGAUGCCCAUCGACGAGAAAUACGACGGCGUUCCCGACAAGAUGAUCAAGCAACGAGACGAGCGAUAUGCAAUCGAUACAGAGCGCAAGAAAGCAGAGCGUCAGGACAAGCUGACUGAAUCGGCUCUGCCGAACAACGCUGCUGAUCAGUAUCUCCGCUCAGGCAAGACGUUUCAGUUCACUGCUGAGGAGAGCCAUGUUCGCCCUGCUUCUUAG